AUGAAGUUGAACAUUUCUACAAGUUGGAUAGUCCGAGGCUGGAUAACGUGCGUCCUGGUCACCUUUUACGCACAGAAUGCUGUCUCCAGAUCUCUCCAGGGUAAUGAAACACAUUACUUAAGAGGCUCCAGAUAUUGUCAAAAGUGUAAACCAGGCUUCCGUUUGUUUUCCGACUGCACUGAUUCCCAAACGACUAGAUGUAUUAAAUGUAAUCGUGGUGAAUACCAGCCUGGCUGGACUGAAGAGACGCGCUGUCUUCAGCAGAAGCGCUGUGACCCAGGAAAGGGUUUCAUGGAGAGUCCUGAAAACCUUGAGGCAGAGGAGCCGUGUCGCUGCCUUUCCGGCCUACAGUGCUACCCCAUCAACUGUGAGUACUGUGAGAAGAUACCCACCUGCAGUGCUGGAUCUGGACUCGAGGUGGACCCCGAUCAUGCAAAUGGGAGGAAGAAAUGUUUUGCAUGUAAGAAAGGCUUCUUCUCUGCUGACAACAGUGCUGAACAAUGCAAACAAUGGACUGAUUGUAAAGCUGAGGGCAGGAGUGAAACACAGCCAGGCAGCGCUCAGGCCGAUGCAGUGUGUGGACCACCUGUCUCCAGUGCAGCACCCUCCUGGGUUAUAGUUUCAGUGCUGUCAGUCAUCACUGUUCUCUGUCUCCUCAUCCUGCUCCUCUUCUGCUACAAGGACAAGCUGAAAUUACUCUCUGUAAAUCUGCGAUCCUGUGUCCAGAAUCUGAAGAGGACUAGGAUACAGCAGGAGACCUUGGCCCCUCUUUACCACAGUGGAGCAGGAGGAGGACUAGGAGGUGGCCACAAAUGUAUGCCAUGUGAGACGACUAAACUCGUAUGCCAAGCACCCCAAAGCCCCGCUGAUGAGCACCCAUGCACCUUUCCUACAUCCGUUCCCGAUGUCAAGGUCUCACUGCCCUUCACAAAAGAAGGGAUGGAGGAAGAAGGGACCAAGGGGAAAACAGUGAUGGUGGAUCAGAGUGAAAGGUCUGGAGAACCUGAGGAGGUGUCGGAAGAAGAGGAGGUUGUGAGUGUGUCUCCUCUUUUGGCAGUUUCUUGUGUGUGCAUCAUUCCUGUCCACGAGCCAUUGGAAGUAGGGGAGAAUGAGGACUGUAGCCAGGCUGUCAGUCCCGGGACUCCAGGAACCUGCUCAUGCAGAGGGCUAGAUGGAGAAAGGGAUGGAGAUGAGAGUGGGAAAGAAGAGAAAAGUGGGAGCGUAAGGGCAGGCAGUAAUGGUGAAAAUGGUUUUGGAAAUCCAGAAAAGAUAGUUUUGUCCAAGAGUGAGACAGGUGUUGCAUCUCCUGUCCCGCUUUCUCCGCCACUCCUCCACAUCUCCUCCGUCAUCCCUCCGUCAAGUCCAGUUCCUGAACUCUGCCUGCCACUGUCUCAAGCUCAGAUGAGAUCAGAGUUCAAACUACACCUGACAGACAAGUCAGUGGUAAAGCAGGAGGAAUUGUACAGACUGGCAAGCACAGACCUCACCUCGACAGAGAGCAGUACAACCUCUGCGAUGACCUCGGUCUGCCCGUUGAUGACUUCCUCGUCUGUUGGAGAUCUCUACCUGGACAAGCCCCCUGAGGCCUCGAGCCCGGAGCAAGGCCUGGGACUUUCCUGGGGGGAUAGCAAGGGAAUCAAACUCUCUUCUGGAGAGGUAGAUCUUGAGUAUUCACCUGAGAGCCUCCAUAGUCAACUGACUGAACCAACUCUUACCUCAGGUCAGGUGUCUGGGAGCCACAACACCACCUUUAUCUCCAGCGGUCAGGUGAUGAACUUCAGCGGCGAUGUCAUAGUGGUCUAUGUCAGCCAGACAUCUCUCGGUACUGAUGGGGCGGGUCAGGAUGAUGCCUUUGGGAGCCCAGUCCAGGAAGAGGCCAAUGAGACGGCCCUUUUUUUCCAGAGCAGCCCGAGGCCACCACGGGACUCCAUUACUCAAAGCACCUUGCAAGACGAGACACUGCCGGUCCAGGAGGUGAUGGUGCAGCGGCGGCUGGGAAAGUGA